UUGAUUGUUGCAGCGUGUCUUUAAAUAUUGUAAAAUGGAAUAGUAAUUUGGAUGCGUAGAGGCUUUGUUAAACAAUACAUACAUACAUACAUAUCCGGUUAGGGCUGCAAGCUGGAUCAGCUUCUAAUAGCCCCCUCAUGUUCGUUAAUCCAGGUAAAUCUAACAGUCAUGACGAUAGCCGCAUAUCCCACGCAAGCAGAAGCUUUUGCUGCUCUUAAAAAGCAUGAAAUUGAUACUACAACCAGAUUUGUGACCGGCCAGGCAACUAAAAAUUUUGGAAAGCUAGAGCAGCUGGACAAGACUUCAAUACAUAAGAUAUUUUGGGAUUACGAUAUUCCAUACGUAAGUUGUGGCCGCAAAGUAUUAUUCUGCCAUCAUGGAAAGGACUACCAUAGAAAAAAAAAAGAAAGAAGAAGGAAGGGAGAUGAAGCAGACCAUUCUAGCUAUAUCAAACCACAGCUCACUCCAGUGACUCCUGCCACUCCACAGAGGGUUGUGCAAAGUAAGAAGCUGGACUGUCCUGCCAAGGUCGAGGUUAAGGAGGUCUUCGUAUUCUUUGAUUUGAAGACUGAUGAAGACCCUAGCAAGCACAAGAAAAAUAAGAAUUCACUUAUUUUGCGAGAGAGAAUUGCAUCUGGAAACCAUGGCGGAACUAAGAGAUUUAUUCUUACCUUGCCACAGUUGGAGGACCAUAAGAACCAUCCAAUUGGAGAGGAGGCUGGAUUAACUGAGCCUAUAGACAAGGAGCUGAUAGAUGUUAUAGUCCAGUUUAUAGAUGAGGGUGUGUAUGACUCCCCAAGUAUGAAGCAGCAUCUUGAGCAGUACGUGCAGCGCUGCCAUCCUGCCAUCCUCCCGACCAACAGACGCUUCUACCCUGCCAUUAGGACCAUACAGAACCAUAUGAACAAAGCCCUACGUUUGAAAUUCCCCAAUGGCGAGCAUAAAGCCAAGGUUAAAGGCAGCAGGCAAAGGGGAGAGAGUAGCAAACGCAAAAAUAGAACGGGUGUAACAAAGAAAAAGGAUCUCUCUACAAAAAACCAAACCAAAGUCAGACCACCAACACAAUGGAAUCCUAAGGUCAACACUGAUGGUACCAUGUUUCAACAUCAUUACAUAGAUGAUACUGCAGACCAUGAGGAUGAGGUGGUACAGUGCCCACCAGAAUAUGUUGAUGAACAAGAAGUCCAGUCAGCUACUCAAGUAAUACAGAACAUCGCAUGCGUGCUGUCAUCUAUGAAAGAGGAUCAACACAUGUCAAGACAAGGAAAGAGGAAGUCAGAUAUGAUGAGUAGUCCUGAUGACUUGUACAAGAGAGAGCUCAUCAACAUUGAAAGAGAGAUGCUGGAAGAAACAAGGACAAGAAACAGACUGCUCCAAGAAAUGAACACUAAAAUGGAUACACUCAUAGCACUUAAAAGAGUCAAACUGUUCAGCGAGAACCAAUUAAUACUUGAACAUUAAAGGAUGUUUUCACUUCGUUCCUUUAAUCUUGUAAUGUUUUAUGACAAUUUCAUACCUCACUUAGAAGUGGAUUUAUUAUUUCCGCAAAGUGAUGAUACCUCAAAAUU